AUUCUGACACUGUUUCAUACCAAAUUUUGUGAAGGAGGUAUCACAGGGGUCUGAACAAUGACGCUUCAGAAGCCAACUAUUUUCGCCGGCCUCCUGCUGCUCGGAGUCAUAACAGUAGCCGUAGCAAAAAUACCAAGCUACAUUCACGUUUGUAAGCGGAACGACCCCAACCUCAACCAAUGUAUUGUAAAUUCCGUACAAGCUCUUCUACCAAAACUCAAAAAAGGUAUUCCAGAGCUUGAUGUUCCUGCACUCGAACCUCUCCACCUCCCAGAGAUCGUCAUUUCCCGAGGAGGAAAUUUCAAAGCCAUUGGCAAGAACAUUAUCGUUCGAGGAGCUUCAAACUUUGAAAUAAAAAAUUUCAAAUCUGAUGUGAAUAAAGUGGAAUAUCAGGUCGUGCUCAGGUUCCCAGAAUUAUUUUUCGACGGAAUUUACGACGUGGACGCCAAACUUCUAACUCUGCCCAUCAAAGGACGAGGACCGAUGAAAGGAAGCGGAACUGAUAUCGAAGGAAAUGCAAUCAUCAAAGGAAGGAAAGUCAGCAAAGGAGGAAAGACAUACCUCAAAUUUGACAGGCUCGACUUGAAAUUGAAAAUGAAAAACUACUCAGUCAGGUUGGAAAACCUUUUCGACGGAGACAAAACACUUGGCGAAGCUAUCAACAACGUUCUCAACGACAACAAAAAAGAACUUAUGAGAAUGAUCAGACCCAAGGCUGAGCAAGUGGCAUCAUCUGUACUCCUGGAAGUGGCAAACAAGAUCACAGAACAUUUCGAAUACGAUGAACUCUUUCCCGCAAAGUGAUUGAAAAGAAAAACCCGAUUUUCACCACCUCUUAAAAAAACCGAAUUGUAUUAUAAAAGAUUUAAAAUCUGUAUAUAGAUUAUUAGUUGGCUGUUUUGACAUUUGGAGUAAAUAUUUUUUUUCAAAUCA